AUAUUAGUAUUGUCAUUUGGGAGUUUUAAACAUUAAAGUGUUAAAGUAAGUUUUCUGUAAACUAAAACUUUUCAUGUAGAUUGUAUAUGAUGACCAAAUUCAACCCAAUAUUUAAAAAAACGGCUGCGGAAUGUCUCUCCUUAAUAAUUCUAUAUAUUAUUUAAGACAUUGUUUUGACAUUGUUUUGAUUCUAUGUAGGCCAAUAAACUAAAAGAUGGGCGCCUGUUUUCAGAUAGGCACCUGUUUUCUACACUUUUUAGCGUCAAAUGUUUGUUUUUUACAACAUUUUAGAAUAUACAUCUGAAAUAUUUUUGGCAAAGUUAGUAUCACUUCGUCAUAAUGUGCGAUUUUCAACACGGUUUGUUUAUACUUCAAGAAAUUCAGAAGCAAACGUAUAUGCAACUGAAUAAAGAAAAUAUCCAAGUUCGCGCUAACACUAUAGAAUGUGGUCACGAUACAGGAAGUGAUGUGUUUGCAGGCUUUGUUCUAAAAAAGAAACUUUCGAGUGAAAGCGAUCUUGGGUUUUCUCUGAAGGCGUUAAACUAUGGUUGUGCAGAGAAAAAUGAGGUUGCAUACAUCCCGUUCAUCGAAAAUUUAAAACUAAAUACUUCAAAAACUGUUGUACACGUGUCACUGAAUCACAAAGCUGUGUUAACAACUUUUAUGCGAGGGGUGUUUCAAAGCAACGCACUCGCAGAAGAAACAAAACCGAACUCAAAGAAAAAAGAUAUGACGUUGUUGUGUCAUGUAGGAGGUGCCUUGAACAACAUUACAAAUAGAAGAAUUUUUCUUACCGCUUUUGUUUAUAAAAGAAUGCUUCAGAAAGAUUACAACUGUAAUAUUUACAGUACGUCUGGAGAUGGUUGCACACUUGUGAGUGACGCCAUACAACAAACAAUAGACAAUAUAGUCGCAGUUAAUGCAGAAACAAGCAAUGAUGUAUGCGACAGUGUCAACUUGAAAAUAAUAGAAAAAUUAAAGCAAUGUAUUUAUACAAACCAAGCCCAAGGGAAAAGAAUAUGUUUUGAUGCCAGAAUGUGCAUUGCAACAUUGCACAGCAACAGAGGUACAUAUUUGCAAGAAAUUGACACAAUUGAAGUGGUCGACAAAAAUGGCGAACCUACCGAAACUUUAAGUUACGCUGCCAGAAUGAAGCCUGCAACAGAAUUAAAGUCUGAUCUUACGCUACAUUUGACACCAUAUAAACAACUGUACAGAUUGCAGUGUUCGUCUUUGCUGCUACAACAUUCAACCACGCAAACAGUUAAACAGGUGUUCUGUUGUUGUGGAGGAGACACUUCAGCCGAGUCACAUAAUAUUCAUACUUUACUCAGCGCAAGAAAAAAAGAACUAUGGCAGUCAUACAAAAUGAAGUAUGGAAGAAAAGUAACAGUGUUUUGUUUUUCUCUAGGUGAAAAAUGGAAUGAAACGAUUCAAUGCGUUGCUGUUGCUUCUUUAAAACUAGAUUUAUAUUUAACGUCCUUUAAUAGUAAGUUGAAAAUAGGAGAAGACAACAAGAUUGUAUCACGUGACAGCUUGUUCAUAUUAUACAACUACGCACGAUUGUGCAAUGUAAAAUUCACAUUUGACGAGAAAGUAAAACAAGGUUUUUAUCCUCCUUUACCAAGUCCUGCGGAAAUUGAUUUCACUCUACUCACAGAAGAGGCUGAAUGGAAUAUAACGUUGCGGUAUUUACUCACCUUUGAAAACUUAUUAAAAGAUGUGCGUGUAACCAUGACAACAUCGAAAGAUGCAACAGUGCAUGUGAUGCCAAAGUACUUAUCAGAUUUAUCACGUGAUAUGAGUUCAUAUUACCAUCAAACGAAAAUUUUAUUGGAUCCGAGACCUCAUUUGUUUCCACUUAUGUUUGCCAGGUUAUCCUUCGCUAUGGCGUUGAAACAGGUGAUGAAAGAAACUUUCGAUCUACUUGGCAUCGAUCCACCUGAGCAGAUGUGAUUGAAGGUAAAAUCAUGCGAAAUGUGAAUGGUGUGAUGGAUGGAAAGAAUACACCUGCACUGCGUUUUACAAGCUAGAAAAUAAUAUUUAUCUAUUUUUUUAUUUUAUUUUCAAUCGAAAUAUCUUUUAUUAAAGU